CUGCGUACACAACAAACCGGAUGGGCACAGUGAAUUGGUAUAUUAUACGUCACACAGCAUUGCUGCUAGCGAUUCCACUCCGACCCAAGCGCAAAAUAUUAUUAUUUUCUACGAUCAUGCCUACACUAUUACUUUCAGUAUAUUAUUAUAUUCGUCCGACUGGCCGCGCGGUCUCGCGCCGCAGUUGGACAUCGACGUCGAGCAGACAAGGGUUUCACCGACUCUAAAAUAUUUCUACUACAAAUCUAGUUCAAGCGACACUGAAUACUGAUCACAUUAUAUCAAUUAUAAAAUCAAUAAAAAUUUAUUUCUUUUCUUUUCUUUUUUAAUUUCUUAAAUUUUCAUUUUAAUGUGUUGACUUAUUAUUUUGUUAAUUUUUUCGUCAUGUUCGCGGCCGUCCCGAGGCUCCUGCCGCUGUUGCUGCUGCCGACGGUCUUAUCGCCGCCGGCCGCUCUCGCCGCGAACAUUUUGGCGUUCAUGCCCAUGCCGCUGAAGAGCCACUUCGGCGGGUUCCAACCGAUGUUUGAGGAGUUGGCUCGUCGUGGCCACAACGUCACCGUGGUCAGCUCUUUCCCGCUGGCCAAUCGGCGCGUUCCGAACUAUACCGACGUGGACGUGACGCCUGAAAAAGGUCUUCCCGAGAUUGACGUUAUGCAUUUGAUGGAUAUAAAUUUCGUAAUGACAGUGACUACCAGAUGGUUUUUCGCCCGUCUCUUGUCCGCCCAAAUGGAGCAAGCGACUUUAAUAGACUUUCUGCGAUCGGAGGACAACUCGUUUGACUUGGUCAUGAUCGAAUCUUUCCUCCAGGAAUACACCGUGGCCCUCGGCCAUAAAUACAACGCUCCCGUCGUCAACUUGUCACCGGCUAUGGUGUGGGUGAGCGCCAGCAAAUGGACGCAUCUACCUUCGACAUUUUCGUACAUACCGGAUUGCUGCAUAGGCGUCACCGACGACAUGAGUUUCGUGGACCGUUUGAAGAACACCAUCGCCGGACUUAUACAAAUGUUCGUCGAGGACUACCUGUACAUUCCGAUGAUAAAAGCGGAAAUGAGUAAGCACUUCGCGUACGUUGGUUGGCAGUCGAGACCGACCCUCGAGCAAAUGCUGAAUAACGUAUCACUGACGCUGAUGAACGCUUACCACGCGGUCGGAGUGUGUCGACCGUAUUUGCCGGGCAUCGUGGAAGUAGGAGGAAUGCACAUCAAAGAACCGAAACCUUUACCCAAAGAUUUACAAGAUUAUAUUGAUUCAGCUUCUAACGGCGUCAUAUAUUUUUCUUUCGGUUCAAUCAUGAAUUUAUCGAAUUUGCCGAAAGAAAAAUUGAGUAGCAUUCUCAAUGCCAUCAGUCGUUUGAAACAAAAAGUGAUUAUAAAAUGGGUACCAGAUAAAAGUAUAAAAUUGCCACAAAAUGUAAAGGUCGGUUCGUGGUUGCCUCAGAAUGAUAUUUUAGCUCAUCCGAACGUGAAACUUUUUAUUACUCAUGGAGGUUUGCACAGUAUCGAGGAAGCUGUGUACAACGAAAAACCGUUGAUUGGCAUUCCAUUUUUUGCUGAUCAACUAACGAACAUGAGGUUGGUCGAGAAAGUCGGCUAUGGAAAGUUGAUACCUUAUAAUCAAAUAACCGAAGAAUCGUUAGGAAACGCUGUCGAAGAAGUUUUAUCAAAUCCGGCGUUUAAGGAUAAGGCGACGUUACAGAGCCGGGUGUACAGAGAUCAACCGAUGAAACCCUUAGAUCGAGCAAUAUACUGGAUAGAGUACGUCAUUCGGAACGAUGGAGCUCAAUACCUAAAAGCCGACUCUAUAGGACUGAACACUGCCCAGUACUUUUUGUUUGAUGUCACAUUGUUUUCACUUUUACCAACAGCAAUAAUUGCUUGGUUGGGUUACCGUGGAAUAGUUAAAGUUUCAUCGAAAUGUAAAGCCGGCUGAAUUAAAAAAAAAAAUUAAUUACAUUUUGCUGUAGUGUAAAAAAUCCUUACACAUCGAC